AAAAACAUCAAAAUAUUUUAACGUUUAAAUUUCCACCAUGUGUUCGAUCUUCCACAAUCGUAUUAAUUAUCGUGGUGGUGGAACGGCGAACAACACGAAUAGUUCCCCCGGGAGUCCGCCAACCCUUACCAAAGAUUUAGAUCCGGAUAGCAAUAACAAUGACAAUGAUAGCAAUAUAAUGUCGGGCAAAAGUGAAACCCCAACAGAUGAACGUGAAGAUGAGCCCAAGAGUCCUCGUAGCCCCUUGGAGGGGAAUCAAAAUUCUAAGGGGAAUAAUGAAGAAAUGGCUGAAGAGCAGGAGGAUGAAGAGGAGACUAGCAAUGGUGUCUCCAAUCAUCCAAGUAAAGAAGAAGCUUUAGAUUUGUCGGUAUUGCCAAAUGGUCUGGCCUCAAAGGGCCAUGUGGCAUUGGAAGCUUUGCAACAUACCAAAGUAGCUGUGGCUCAAUUUGCUGCCUCCGCCCUGGCCAAUUCUCAAUAUUUUGGUGAUAAUCCUACUCCCGAUCUGGCAGCUAUAUUACAGCGGCAACAUUUAAUGCAAUUACAGUUUAUACAACAUUUACAAAGUCAAUUGAAACGACGUGAUAGGCAAGGUGAGGAGGAUGAAGAAGAUCUGGACGAGGAAGAAGGUGAGGUGGAACAGGAGGAGGAAUCGUAUCAAGAGGUGGUAAGGAGACAUAAGGACAAUGCCAGCAGAGAGAAGGAUAAUGAAAAUUCCUGCCCAGAAAAUGUGCAAAUAGAUUUGACUCAGAGCAGCAGGACAGGAAGAAAUUCCGCAGAAGAAAUCGAACGGAGCCAUUCACCAAAAACUAUCAAGGACACAGAAAGCAGCAAGACUGAUCAUGAAUUUUCGAAAAAUUCCAAGGAUAAAGAUAAAGUGCAAUCACCCCAUUAUCAGCCCUUGUUGAGCGGCAUUAGCUCAUCAUUGGCCUCGACCAUCAUUACCGACCAUGAUCCCAUACCCCCGCCCAGUGAAACGAAUUGCCUGGAAAUGCUACAGCGCAGAACCGAAGAGGUCCUCGAUUCGGCUUCCCAGAGUCUACAUGCCUCCCAAAUGCAAGACGAAUAUGAGUACAUGCAAAAGGAUGGUCAGGGAAGGGGAGAGAUAUUCAAACAUCGUUGUAAAUAUUGUGGUAAGAUUUUCGGCUCCUUUUCGGCCCUUCAGAUACAUUUGAGGUCACACACAGGGGAACGGCCAUUUGUGUGUAAUGUGUGUGGCAGUAAAUUCACCACAAAAGGAAAUCUGAAGGUCCAUUAUCAAAGACACACCCAAAUAUACCCGCCCAUUUUAAUACCACCCGGUGUGGGACCACCUCUGGAUAUGCCACCCACAAUCAAUGCUCAACCACCAGCGCCUCACUCCCAUCCCCAUUCCCAUCAUCCGCCGCCCCCUCCUCCUCCACCACCACCACCUCCAUCUGGUCUCUUGGGCAUGCCAAUUCGUUUGCCCCUGCCCUUUGAGAAAUCUCAGGUGAAGGAAACGAACGAAAACGAAGGAAGAAGGAAAACUCCUGAAGAAACCAAAGAAAUCGCUGUGGAAGACGAAGAAGAAGAACCGAAAGAAUCUCCCAGAGACUUAACAUCGGCAAGUUGCAAAUCAAACAAUGAGCACCCCGAAGAUCUUAGCAAACCACCCAGCCGGAUGAAGAGCCAAAACCCUUUAAUGGAACCUACAGGCAUAGAACAACAGCAGCAGCAGCAGCAGGAGUCGCAGAAAAUCAACGACAAAACUGAACGACCUCUGGCAUCAGUAACCCCAAAACGGAAUAGCUCACAUAGGAAACGCAAUUCGAACAGCUCAACACCUCCCCAAGAAUUUAGAAAAAGUUUUCCUGGCAAUGGCAUAGGAGAUAGCGCCGCCGUCGACGACCAUGCUCUAUCCAAACAUUUUCGGCGGUCUUCUUCCCUGAGUCGUAACAGCAGCCUGGAACACCUAACCGGCGAUUUUUGUCAAGUGGAAACAUAUGUCGACAAAUCAUGGGAGGAUCUAAUCGAAAUCGAUACCACUUCGGAAACCUCAAAGCUCCAGCAAUUGGUCGACAACAUUGAAAAUAAACUCACAGAUCCCAAUCAAUGUAUAUUCUGCCAAAAGGUCAUGUCCUGUCGUAGCUCCCUGCAAAUGCAUAUUCGAACACAUACGGGUGAGCGACCCUUUCGCUGUAAGAUAUGUGGUCGAGCCUUUGCCACGAAGGGCAAUCUUAAGGCUCACAUGAGUAUUCACAAAAUAAAACCUCCAAUGCGUUCGCAGUUCAAGUGUCCAGUGUGUCAUCAGAAAUUCUCCAAUGGCAUAAUACUACAACAACAUAUACGAAUCCAUACCAUAGAUGAUGGGUCGGGUGGAGGUCCACAAAUUGCUGGCGCCUCCAGUGAAAUGGCUGCCGCAAUUGCGGAACACAAUCAACGUAUACGUGCCCACAUGGAGGCGGCCAUAUUGGAAGAUCAAAAUUCCAACAAAUCUUUGGGCAAUUCGGAGACAUUUGAUUUCUCCACAACAUCUGAAUAUUCUGGUCAACGUUCGGAAUCGUCGCAGGGUGAUUUCGAUGAAUACAUGACCAUGGAGAGUACCGAUGAUUCAAGAGAAAACACCUCAUCGCUAACGCCGUUGGAUAAACGUCAAUUUGAAGAUGCCGAUGAAAAGGGUGAGAGUGUUGGGGGUGGUGGCCCAGAUACCAUGGAAUCUGGUCUAUCUCAAGCCAUGGAUUUGACAGCACGUAACGGCACCUCUCAGCACACGCAAAGAGCUCUGGAUCAUCUGCCACAUUUGAUGGGUAUGCCGCCGAAUAUUUGGCUGAUGGCUGCCGCACGCGAAGAAAUACAAAAUCUCGGAAAUCAGGGAAAAUUUCCAUUGUUACCAUUUGGACCAUUAGGAUUUAUGGGUUUGCCACCACAAGCUCAUAUUUGCCAAUUGUGCUUUAAAUUGUUUCCGAAUCCAACGGCUUUGGAAACGCAUUUUCAAACGGAACAUACCAAAGAGGCUGCAAACCGAAGUACUCCACAUUCUUCGGGUAGCGGUGGAGGUGGUGCCAGCAGUUGUAAUGUGGCAUCGAUUGAGACGGAUACUUCAAAUGUUGCCGAUAACGGUCAAGUGGUUACGGUGGAGGACAAGAAUGUCAAUGCGGCUGCCAUCAGCAAUAAAGACAACAGCUGUGAUGGAUCUGAUGCAGCGGAAGCGCCUUUAUAUGACAACAAGUCUUCGAUGAAUCAAAUACUCUUUGAAAAAUAUCAGCAACAUGCAUCGGAACAGCUUCAUAGAGAAUCCCAGAAAUCACCCUUUGAACGCAGGACUAGAAUUAGCAAUGACGAAGAUGAGAGCAGACGAGAAACACCCCAUAAAGCAUCCUCUGAUUGCGAGGAAAUUGGACAGCAUAUCAAAACCGAACCUAUGGCCGAUGAACCUGAAGAUGUGACAAAAUCACGAGCAGAAAUAGAAGAGGCCGAUGAAGAUGAUGCUUAUCGGGAGGCAACAUCUUCGCCACCCAGUCAUACAAGUUACUCUUUCCAUUCGGCUGGUGCUAUGGCGAUGGGAGGUUUAUUGCCACCACCGCUGGCCACCGCAUCAUCGGAUGCCUCGGAACAUUCGCUGAUGAAAAUGCAAAUGCUAACCACAAUUCCUCAUCAAUUUUCGAAUUCCCAUUCGACAUCGAUGUUGCAACACCAACAACAACACAACCACCACUUAGAAGCUCAUCGUUUUCCUGCAACACCAUUGGAUUUCCAGCAGGCCCUCAUGUCGGUGGGUCCACCAACAUCCAGUCUGGAUCCGCCAGUGAAUAAUAAACAUUUCUGUCAUUGUCGAAGGAAUUUCAGUUCCAGUUCUGCUCUACAAAUACACAUGCGUACGCAUACGGGCGACAAGCCGUUUCAGUGUAAUGUGUGUCAGAAGGCUUUCACCACAAAAGGCAAUUUAAAGGUUCAUAUGGGCACCCACAUGUGGACAAAUCCAACAUCCCGCCGUGGACGUCGGAUGUCUUUGGAAUUGCCCAUACAUCGACCGGGCGGUAGUAUGCCACCAGAAUCGGAAUUUCUACCCCGAAGACCGGAUAUAUUUUUUCCAUAUUUACCACUUUUUAAUGGUCUACCACCAAAGCCCGGUGAUUUGAAUUCAACACCUCCAUUCCCGCCCCACAUAAAUCCGCCUCAUUUGCCAAAUGGCACAAACUCCGGGCCACCAAAAUAUCCACCACCUGGCUUACCGCUGGGAUUUCCACCAUUCCUACAACCUCCCUAUGGCUUCAAUCCCAUGCUGAAUCAGGCUCACUUGGAGCGACAAAAUAAUGCAAAAACCCCGCAAAAUCAAGAUGAGGACACCACCUCAAUGGAACCAAAGAAUUUACAGCAGCAGCAUAGCAGCGGCAGUAGUAGUCGAGCAGCAUCUCCACAACAGCAUCUACAUCAGCAUCAUCACUCGCUAAGAACCUCACCAAUGGAGAAAGAGGAUGCGAUGACGUCAUCGACAUCCAGUUCACUCUGGAAUCCAAUGAUAAAAAUUAAAACUGAAAACAAUCAAAAUGAUAUUAAUCAUCUGCAGGAUCAUAACAGUGAGUCAUCUAAUCAGGAUUAGUUUCAUGAAAUGGUCCCAAGGAUUUGAAAUUAAUAUGGAAAUAAAAAUGGGAUAACCAAAAUAUCUACAACUUAAACUUAGUGACUUUAAGAGAAUCUAUCUAUACAUGCAGACACACACGCAUUCACACACACACACACAAACACAUAUAUGAUAUAUAUGAGAAAAAGAAAUGAUUGAAAAUCAUGGUUUUUAAGGAGUACAUAUCUUAAAGCUAACAGUCUUUAUUUCUCCUCCACCUCUUCGGAGAGGAGAUAAUAUUUUUUCUAGGCUUAAAAUCACUUAGUACUAGAGAUUAAAGUAAUGAAAAUGCAGACUAACACACACACACAUGCCCACACAGAGAAUUAGUUUUAGUUAUUUUAGCAUAUAACCUAUACAAACUUACACCUAAUUAUAUUAUUACAAACAAAAGCGAUACGAGCAGCAGUAUAAUAAUGAGGGAAAAAAAAUUGAUUGGUAUUUUUAUUUCAAAAUCACACACACACAUGCAUUGCAAAGAAAUGAAAUUGCAUUUUAGCUUUUAAGCUGUAAAAAGUCGUUCAUUUUUUAAGUUUAAAUUGUAGUGGCUAAAUAUAUCUAAAUGGCCAGAGGAAUGAUUAAAAUAUUAAAAAUAGGAAUAAUAUGGAAGUACUUAUAAAUAUAAUAUAAAAUAUUAUACAUAUGGCCGUAAUAUCAUAACAAAACAAAAAAAAAUCUUAAAACAAAAUUAUAGUGAAACCUGUGGU